CUCCAGCACGCCGCCCGCAGCACGCUCAUCCUCCCGGUUUAGAUAAGCUUUGUGACGGGGUGGAAGUCGGCGCUUCGCCCCCUCGCCACGCCGCGUACGGUCGUUCCUGCCCCCACCAGCCUUCUCUCCCUCAGUCGUUCAUCUUCUCCCUCCCCGUCGAGCGCCACUAAAUCAGGCAAGCCAGCGGCGAAGGCGAAGCUAUUGUAAUUAUUUUCUGUCUUCAAGCCACGUCUUUUUCGGGGGCUACUUUCUCCCUCCCCCUCGUCCACGGCAAAUUCGGAGCGCUGCGCCUGGAGAGCCUGCUGAAGAGCAACGCUGGAGGACGAGAGGUAGUCGUCGUUGUCUUCGUCUUGAAGGAAUGGGCGAUGGAAUGCGCCGCAGCUUUGCAAUGAGACACGCGUGGCUCUGCUUCUUGCUCGCCAGCCUCACCUGCCGUCUGAGCCUCCAGCAAGAGGCGACAGGGACGCCCACCGAGGCGGAAUUAAUUAACAACAUUACCGUGUUCACUCGCAUCCUGGACGGACUGCUCGAUGGCUACGACAACAGGCUCCGCCCUGGACUGGGAGAAAAGGUGACGGAGAUCAAAACCAACAUUUUUGUCACCAGCUUCGGUCCUGUCUCGGAUACAGAAAUGGAGUACACCAUCGACGUGUUCUUCCGCCAGAGCUGGAAGGACGAGCGCUUGUGCUUCGAAGGCCCCAUGAAGAUGCUGCCGCUGAACAACUUACUGGCUAGCAACAUCUGGACACCCGACACGUUCUUCCUCAACGGCAAGAAGUCCAUCGCGCACAACAUGACAACACCUAACAAGCUGCUGAGGCUGCAGGACGACGGCACGCUGCUCUACACUAUGAGAUUGACCAUAUCUGCGGAGUGCCCAAUGCAACUGGAGGACUUCCCCAUGGACGCGCACGCUUGUCCCCUUAAGUUUGGAAGCUAUGCGUACCCGGUUUCAGAGGUUGUCUACACAUGGGAUAAAGGCGCUGCCAAGUCAGUGGUGGUUGGCGAGGAGGGCUCUCGUCUCAACCAGUACCACCUGAUUGGUCAGACGGCCGGCACAGAGGACAUCUCCACCAGCAGAGGUCAGUACACAGUGAUGAUGGCUCACUUCUACCUGAAGAGGAAGAUUGGCUACUUCGUCAUCCAGACGUACAUGCCGUGCUUCAUGACCGUCAUCCUGUCGCAAGUCUCUUUCUGGCUCAACCGCGAGUCUGUGCCCGCACGCACCGUCUUUGGCGUGACCACGGUGUUGACCAUGACCACGCUCAGCAUCAGCGCUCGUAACUCAUUGCCCAAAGUGGCCUACGCCACCGCCAUGGACUGGUUCAUCGCCGUGUGCUACGCAUUCGUUUUCUCCGCCCUCAUUGAGUUUGCUACGGUUAACUACUUCACCAAGCGGAGCUGGGCCUGGGACGGCAAGAAGGCCAUGGAGGCCCAACAACCCAAACGGAAGGAUCCUUUGGCGCUGUCCAAGAAGCCCAACAACGCCUGCGCGGCCGGCGUCAACUACACGGCCAACCUGACCAAGGACGCGUCGGUGUCCACCAUUUCCAACAGCACGUCCGUGCAGCUCAAGGCGGCCCCUGAGUCCAAGGGCGCCGACCCCAAGAAGACGUACAACAGCGUGAGCAAGAUUGACAAAAUGUCCCGCAUCGUGUUCCCUGUGCUCUUCGGCACCUUCAACCUGGUCUACUGGGCCACCUAUCUCAACCGGGAGCCUGUCAUUAAGGGAGCCGUUUAGCGGGAACUGACACAUCACCGCCGAGCACUUAACGUUCCAAAUGUCAUCUGUCUCUUUUUCGUUGGAGGUAAUUCAUUGCAUGUCGCUUCUGCUACACUUAACCUUGCCUUCAUGACCAUGUUUUUCACAUUUUAGCAUUUGGAUUUGAUUAUAGUUCUCUCUGGAAAAGGACAGAAGGCGGAGUGCAAAAGGAAAAUACCUUUUUUGCCAUUUAGGUUUGAAGCAGCAGUUUUAAGGUUAGUUCUGCCAUUUCCAGGGUUUUUCCAAAGAUUAAGAUGUUCUACAGAUUUGCUUUAAUUGCUACAAAAUAUGAGACAAUUUCAAGAGACUGAUUUGUGGUAUUAAAUCGCAAAAAAAAAAAAAGUUAAGCAUGGCAUUAAAAAAGACACAAUUCUUUUAAAUUACUAACAGAACAGAAAAUUAGGUAUGAAGUUCUAUCAAUAAUAGACCUACAAAAAAAAGUCUCAAAAACUAUUCUUAAAAAGACUGCCAUUUUUUGGUUCGUUUUAGAAAAAUAUGGAUUUUUAUGCCACAAUUUUAAAAAAUGCAGCCCCUGAACACAAUUCUUGGAAGCAGUGUUGUUUUUGGCAACGCUUUUAAUUUUCAUCUUAGUCUUUUGGACGAUAAUUAGUCUCAGUCAUAUUUUAGUCAUCUCAAAAUGUGUGUAGUUUUUGUUGACAAAUUCUCAAGACUAAUUUCGUCAAAUUUUAGUUGACGUUUGCUAAAAAUGUUUUCGUCUGUAAAAUUUAAAAAUUUUACUCCAUACACAAAUAAGGGUUUCCAGACUAAAUUCGUCAAAUUUUAGUUGACGUUUACUAAAAAAUGUUUUCGUCUGUAAAAUUAAAAAUUUUACUCCAUAAAUAAAUAAGGGUUUCCAACUAUUUCGAAUGAAAAUUGACGGACGAGCACAUAUUGUAGCCUUUAUCUACAAGGAAAACGCCAACUUGGUGAUAAUACACACUCAGCAGGAAAACGGCAUAUUAUUUUCAAUUAAUUAAUCCCACCUGGACGCUAAGAACUGUAAAUAAAAAAGUUAGCAUUUGCCUAAUACUUAACGCGUAUGCUACGCUAACGCUACGAGUUACAUUUAGUGCGUGAUGAACACUCAGCACAGACCUUUAAAGGCUAAACCAACAUUGCGUCUUCUCUCUGGCCAAGAAAACAAAUCUUACCGUGUGUGCAAGCCUGCAUAGAGACUGGAGACGACACACCGGUGCAUCAAAAAGGGAGGGAGGGGGUGUAGCGUGUCACGAGUGGCACAACCAGACACUGCUACGAUGCAGGCUAACUACACAUUCACACAUUGUGAAUGUGACGGAUAGUAUUGUGCAUUUUUCGUCACGUUAUGUUUUCGUCUCCCAAAACACGUUUUUAACUCAUAAUCAUCUUAUCAUCGUCAGGAAAAAAGUGUUCUUUGACAAAACAUUUUCAUAAUGGUCGUCGUUGACGAAAACAACACUGCCUGGUAGGCUUGUCAAUCAAUACUAGACCCACAAAAAAUUCACAAGACGUUUUGGUUUGAAGUGACCAAUUUUUAUGUCAUUUUUAUGGGUCAAAACAAUAUAAGAAACUUCCACAAUUUUUAAAAUUUCAGCUCCCCAAGAUUGUUCCACUGAAAAAACAAAUUUUGGUAGUCAGAACUGUCAAAAGUAGACCUACAAAAAGUUUCAAACUAUUUUCAAAAAGACGCAAGUCGUCUGACAUUUUGAUUUGAAACGGUCAUUUCAGGCAUCUUUCCAGAGGUCAAUAAAAAUUGGUCACUACACAAAAUUUAGCUCCUUGAAGCCAAUUUAACUUAGGCCAAGUUUACACGACAACGAUCUUACGCAGUAGGACAAAAGUGGCGUUUUGCUGUUCUUUUAAUUCCGCGUUUACACAACCAUUAUGUCUAGGGAAAACUGAGUGUACAUGGAAGCGCAAAAGGGCAUGAGAUUUCCAAUUUGCCGAUGUAGUAUGCAUUCCCAAUGUGUAGGUGGCAGCACCACCAAAACUUGAUUCCUGCGUGUAACCCUUCCCUUCUGCUGUUUCCUCUUUCAUCCUGGUCAAAUAACAACAUGGCGAAGCGCAUCAGGCAGAAUAAUUGGUAGAGUUGUCCGAUAAUGAUUUUUUUUCAACAGAUAUCCUGAUAUUGUCCAACUCGAAAAAUCUGAUACUGAUAUAUGCCAUCGUGGACUUUACAUACUAUGGCUAAUUCAUGAGUUUAUAAUUCAUUAUUUUUCAGUCAUUUAUCAUUCAUUUAGUUUUUGCUCCAUGAAUGCAAAUGGUCUGCUCACAUAACUAAUCCCUUGCGUCUUAGUUUGGAGACACCAAAUGGUCAAUAAGCAUAACUGCUGUGCUAAGCUGUGACCAGCCCAUGUACCAAGGCAUAAGGCGUCUACAUUCCCUUUAAAGGCAACCUGCAUAUUGGUCCAAAACCGACGUUGAUAAUAUCCAAUAUCAUUUUAAAAUGCGUUUAUCGGCCGAUGUUAUUGGCUACCCAAUGACAUCGGACAACUCAAGUACAAGUAAUUAGAGUAGCGAAUAGUUGCCUAGAUUCUUGAAUAAUCUUGAACGCAGUUAGGCGUGUACAAGGUUGCUACUUGAAAACAUUGUCGGACUAUCCGUGUGCACUGAUCAAGAUCUUCACCCCCUUCUCUCACAAACAUGUUGGAGCAUUAUCGCCACCUACUGUCCUGAAGUACAAUUCCGUUGUCACCUAAAACUUAGGUGUGUGCCGGUAUGAGAUUUUGACAGUAUGAUAACCUUAGGCAAAAAUACCGCGGUUUCACGGUAUUGCAAUUAUAGCUCUAAAAUGUGUUAUUUUGAGAUGUAUAGGUUUGAAAAAAUAUUAUUAAUUAGUUGAAUAUUAAUGGAGAGCGAGAGCAAGAGACUGAGCGCCUGUGUAUGACUCGUAUCAUUAUUUACGCAUACACGCACCCAACCACUCUCAACACAGAAAGUCGCCAGAGAGAAAAAACACUACCAGCUCUAUUAUGAAAAUGUUAUUUUGAAUAGAUGUUUAUAAAGGCGAAAGACUUUACAAAAGUAGGCUAAUGGUAGAUAGGAAACUAGUUAGCCGGCAUGCUAACUAGCCACUUUAUCUGCCUCAUUAACAAGCUUACGUUAUAGGAUUUGUUUUACCAUCGCUAGACACACUAAAAACACUGGAGUAAACUCUCUUAGCUGGUGGGAAGCGUUCUCAACAGCGUUUACUUACCUUAAAUUUUGUGUAAAGUGACAGAUGAUGGUCACAUAAAUGUGAAAUCAGGACCUUGGAGGUCCUGCAGUCCUCUAAGCCGCGGCCGUCUGUUUCUUUUCGGUAGCCGAAGUACUCCCAUACUAGCGACUUUGUCUGUUUUUGAUGGGGGAAAAACCUCAGGUGUAUUUUCGACACCUUCAGCCAUUGUGUCUAUUCUACAGCACAGCGACAGACACAGGACAGAGCAACAACCAGAGGGGGACGGUUGAGCGCUGCCGUUCCAAGUCGCGGAUUUCUCGCUGUAUUUUUGGGACAUAAAAAAUAGCUAAUACCGUACUACGGUAUGACAGAAAAUUUUAGUGGUUUUGAAACCGUUAUACCACGGUAAACUUUGAAACCGGCACAUGCCUAUCUAACGGGCCGUUUACAUGGUGACUCUCCGAGAAAACGAAAAAUUUCCAUUUUGCAUUUAUAUGGGCCCGUCUCCAUUCGAACAAUGUCGCAAUUCUACAUGAAUACGAUGUAGUAUUCAUGCCAAGUCCUAGGUUGGCAGUGCAGAUUUCCAAGGCGACAGCGAAUGAUGCUCUUUGACCCCAUCAAGCUCCUCAACCCGGAAAAAAUAUGCCCGCCCACUCGAACCAAUGGCAUUUUUCUUUUGGAAACAUUCAACAUAUUUAAUUUAAAAAUAUUUUUAAAACAGUAAAUUAAAGCCGACAUUCCGCCAUAUUUGCUGUUUUUAAUGGUUAGUAGCACCGCAGCGCAAGCCCAAUGUGACAUGUACGAGUGCUGAUGUUAUCGACGCGGUCUCGCGCCGUGGGAACCUUGGAAAUGCAUUCGGAGCAAGCCCCCGCCAAUCGACCGCAAUCGAAUUCUUCCACUUUGGAGGCAGGAUUCAGAAUUUUUCGUCUUCGCCGACACCAUAUGCACGCGAGCCCAUUCCGCUACUCAGUCAUUGCGUCUUUGUGUCGCAGAGUCGCCAUGUAAACUGCCCCUAAAACUUACUUUUGCGUUGUAAACUGUUUAGACAGCGACAACAGGGGGCAGCGUUUUCAAACGGCAUACAGCAUGCAGGCUAUAUUUAGACCGUGACGUCGCAUCAUAAAGCAGAAGUAAAGCCGAAGUGUGACAUUAUAGACCCGCUCUCGCAUAGAAACCAUGUUAAAGGUGCUACUUUUCUCCGGUAAUCUUUCAAAAACGAACAUGCCGAUCACACAUUGUUUUUUUUGGAACUUGUAGAAACGACUCUAGACAUUACGACAUAUGUUACGACACAAACGGAUGUUUUCUUCAUACGUUUCCCCGAAACCAAAAGCUCGGAGGAAAAAAUAUGAAGAAUGAAUGAACUUGCGCGGACUUUUAACGACAGCUCGAUGAAUCCAUUCACAUUUCAUAUGCAGUAAACAUUUUGUUGGGUUGGCAUGGUCUUACAGAGAACAAAGAGGUAAGCUAUUAUGAUAUUUUUAACCUAUUUUUUAGCGUAACGUGCAGUGCUGUUUCUGUCUGACAAUGAAUGACCUGAAAAUAAUUAAAAUGGUGUCUGACUGACAGUUACCUUUUCUGUUGUAAAAAAAACAAUUUUAGUAAGGGGGAAGUGUAAAUAAAUUAUAUAAUUAAGAUUUGUUAUCAAUGAAAAAGUUAAGUGUUUAUUGGCUGUCACUGAGUAGCAUUUGCGAUCGCUACACAAAACUAACUACAUUACCCCCAAGAACGGUCAGAGACGCAGGACAACCAGAGGAUGUAUAAGAAACACAAGGCUGGUGGUAAAGGAUAGCUUGUUGAAACAGGAGAAUGUCAUUGUCAGUCACGUAAGAAAAAGGUGUCGAUAAAAAAGCUAAGGCUAUGCUUAGGUCGUCUCAUUUAUUUCGUCUUUUUCAGCCCUCGACACUCAAGCCAUCUACUUAACUGAACAUUUUUAUGUUCUUCCACAUCUUUGCCAGUGAAUUUGGCACCAGGGACAUCAUUUUCGGAGAGAAUUGGUAGGUUUAGCACUGUAAACAUCUCCUUCGUACACGAUUUCCAUUCAUUUACUAUUGGGGACAAGCUCUCGUUUGUCCCCACUUAGCAACAAUAGCUCACGCUAUGAAUAUUAAUGAGUGGAAGUGACGUGUUGCUUGCGGUACGCGAUUUUUUGCCUUAUCAGCCCCCCAAAACGCUGUCACCGUGUAAACGAUAGGGCUUCCUGGAAAAGUUUUUGCGUUGUCACCCCCGUUGUCGUGUAAACGGCCCCUUAAUCAGACCCACAAAAAUUUCUCAAGAAACCAUGUCUAUAAUCACAAAGAAAUUUGACCAUUUUGUAUGAAGUGGCAGUUUAGGUUGAGUUUAGAUGUGUUUAAAAACUUUUUUUUCCCCCUCCAAUGACCAACAAAUUUAAACCACGUCUACUAAAGAGAUGGGCAAAUGAACUUUUUUUGUCAAUGAAUGUGGGCGCAGCAUGGCAGCAAGGCCAAAUGCUAUGCAAAACUUAUGAUUAGCCCACAGCAGCUUGUAUACGUAUCCCUUUUUUGAAUGGUUCUUUUGUACAAAUGAGAAUUUGUCACAAAGCCAUGUCAACCAAUGUAUUUUGCCUUCAGAGUGCUCUUGGCCACCAAAGGCACUCCUAACUUGUUCUGGUAUGUCUGGCUUUGUUUGAAGCUAUUUUCUUGCCGCUUUUUGAAAUUUUUUUUCUUGUAUUGGAAAAAAAAAAAAAAUUGUCGAGGUAGUAUUUUUCCUUUUUCUUUUGUCCUUCUUAAAUUCCGACUUGUGAUUGUUUUUCGUCCGCGCAAAAACUGAUGAGAAUUGAUAAGAAACUUGUUUUAAAUUAUAUUGUACUUAAUUUAAUUCAGGAUUUUGACGAGGGAAUAUUUGUGUUUAUAAUUCCCAUCAAAUUCCGCUUUCACUCCGGUUCGUUUUGGUGUGGCUUUAAUACUUAUUAGUAUUUUAUCUCUUUCCAUGUGGUCCUGUUUUUAAAUGACAUUUUCCCUGCUUAAAAUGUAUGAUUUAUGUAUAUUUCCAUUUAUUCAGCAGCAAAACCACAACGCUAGUCUCGGAGUGGCUUUAGUUUUGAUAGAAUACAGUGACGCCUUGUAAUUUAUUGUUGUUUUUAUGAGUUCGGGAAAAAAAAAAAUACAAGCAUUUGUUCCAGUUAUGAAAAA